AUGCCCUUCAAGCCCGUCGAGCACCCGAAAUGCCCGAAAUGCGGCAAAUCGGUGUAUGCUGCCGAGGAAAUGGUCGCUGGCGGCUACAAAUGGCACAAAUUCUGCUUCAAGUGCAACAUGUGCAAUAAAUUGCUCGAUUCGGUGAACGUGGCCCCGCACGAGGCCGAGCUCUACUGCAAAAAUUGCCACGGGCGAAAGUACGGCCCCAAGGGCGUCGGAUUUGGCCUCGGAGCCGGCUGCUUGACGACGGACUCGGGCGAGCGGUUCGGCAACACCAAGCAG